CUUCCGCUUCCGGGUGGCGCGUCACCGCAGCGCGUUCUGGAAGUUCGGCGGUGUCCAUGGAGUUGUCGGCCGAGUACGUCGGGCAGGAAGGGCAGCGACAGCAGCUACGGGUUCCCUGUGAGGCGCCGGGCGUCGCCGACCCUUUCCAGGGCUUGUUGUCGGGCGUGGCUAAGAUGAGGGAGCUGGUGACCAACCUCCUUGGCUCCCCGGUACAGCGGGAAGCACAGGAAGCACAGGCGGCGGCUCCAGACGAGGCGUUGGACGGUGAUGAUGAAGAUGAUGCAGAAGAUGAAAAUAACGUUGAUAACAGAACUAACUCAGAUGGACCAUCUGCAAAACGGCCAAAAACACCAACUUAACUGUAGCUUUCAUGAAAUUUAAAAGACUGCUAUGAUAUCUUAUUUAUCACACACUGACAUUUAAGGAAGACUUGUGCUCUAAUUUGGAAAGCAUUUGUUUUGUUCCCCUGGGACAAUUUUGUCAAAGAAGAAACUUUUCUGUGGUUUCCAUCAAAGAAAGAUAGAAUAAAUGUUUAGAAAGGAAUCUUUUUUCUUGAGUGAGAAGUAAGUUUCAGACCAUGGAGAUAAAAUAGACAUUUAAUAAUGU